AUGUCUUCACCACUUGAGAGGAACCGCAGGGAUGCUGAACCAGGUGUUCAGCAGGCGAUUGUCUCGGUGUUCAAGAACCAGAAGUUCAAACGGAUGAUGGUCUUCUCCAUCAAGUCUCUGUCUGAAUUCUGUGUUCCUCCCAAUAACAGAUAUAAAGAGAACGCAUUGUCUGUUGUGGAGAAUCCGGAGUUCCCUCGUUUGUUGGAGAGCAUUUCGUUGUUCAAGGAAGACGAAGAGGUGUUAGUCCUAUUUGGUAAGAUUUUCUUUGGUGUCAGUGAAGGCUUGAAGGAUGAGCCAAGGUUAUUGAAUGAAGUGGUUUCUAGUGGUAUGCCUGAGAAGGUAGUUGAGGCUAUGGCAGGUGGUGUAAAUGACGAGACGGGAAUUCAGCAUUAUUUGGAUUGCAUUAAGAACUUAAAUACAUUGAACAUCCCGAUUAAUAUGAGUGGCAUCGUACCUGGUUUAUUACAAUCAUUGAAGUCUAAGAUGAAGAGUCCGAUGUGUUUGCGCACCCUGAAGGCUAUCGAGCAAUCAUGUCAAGAACCGGGUGUGCCAGCGAUGAUUGGAUCACAGGGAGGUGUUGAGAAGGUUUUGGCAGUCGUUGCGGGUCGCAAAGAUUCGCCAGAGUGCGUGGUCAGUGCUCUUAAGAUUGUGGGUGCUACGGCGAAGGCGCAUAAAACGACUCCGGCAGAUCUUGAGAAAAUAAUUAAUUUGGUUGAUGCUAAUAAAAACCAUGCAGGUAUUCAAAAGGCCGGUUCCGAAUGUAUUGCGGCCAUCGUUAAUCCAGAUGAUCUGAAACAGUGUCUGUCCACGUUGAAGAAUUCGGCACCGGAAAGUCCGGAGCGCGAGAACGCGCUGACGUUGUUGAGUUCUAUGUCGUAUAUUUCGUCUUGCGCCACAGAGAUUGCCAAGGGUGGUAGUAUUCCGCUGGUGGUGGAUGCGUUGAAGGAGACCGUGCAGCAGCUUAAGUCGAAACAGGAUGCAAAGACACACAAGUCGGUUGUGGGCAUUACCAAGAUGCUUUUGGCUGUGGGACAGAGUCCGGAUUCGCGCAAAACAGUUAUUGACGUUGGUGGUCUUGAUGCGUUGCUGGAGACGCUGAAGAAUGUGGACGCCCGCAAAUACCCCAGAGCUUAUAAAAACACCGUGAGUGCUCUCGCCACUGUGUGUGUGGAUGAGCGCACACACACCAAGCUGGCGUCUGUGUGCGAGUUGGUCGUAAAGAACAUGGACAUCGGCAACGAAGUGUUGCCGUGUUCGGCAGAACUCAUGCGCCAGUCAGGUAGCUGUCCGGGAUGGGGAUCAGCCAAGGCACCCGAGAAGCUGGCAAAGUACGCGAGUGCGCUGCCCGAGGACCAGGUUUACCACGAAAGCGUCGUAGGCGCCGCGAGCCAGAUGCUACAGAUGAACGCCGGUACAAGCGCACAGUUGGUCCCGAUGAUAGAGGCCGUGUCCAAGCUUAUUUCUGCGUCGUGCGAACACUCCGUCGUGGGACGUGAGGCAGCCAUAUUCCUCCAGAAGGUGGUGGAAUACAGCCCGUCCGCUGCCGGGACUGACUGGAGUGCCCCGGUGGAGGCGGCGUUGGCACUGUUGCUCACUUAUUCGGAUUCGAACCCGUCUAUCGCCUCCUCGGCUCUGAGUGCGCUUGAGGCACUCGCGAGUGAGAAGGAUGUUAGCCGCACACUGUCUGAGCUGGAGCUGGCCGUGAAUACGGCAAAGCAAAACCCGGAACGGUGUCUGCGAUGUCUGGCCGCUGUAAAUGGGCUCUCGCAGCUGAACAGACUUCGUCCGGCCUUUGAGAGGCAGAACGCGGCGGCGGUUAUUAUGAAAGGGCUACGGACCUGGGUCGAGUCUCCCAAGUACCCGGAGCAGCAGAAAAUAGUGAAGUACGGUUGUCAGUGCAUCGAUUCGCUCGUCAUCGGCAGCAGCAAACCGGUGGACGCCGCAGUGAUCGGAUUGCUGGAGAUCGUCCAGUUACCCGGCACGAAGGCGUUGCGCGACAAACAGGACGACCCUACGGACAACAGUUUGAUUGACCUGGCCCGGUCGCUGGAGACACUAUGCGCCACGCACCGACUUGGCGGACGCGACGCCGAGAUCAUCGAAAAUUUACUCAAGUGCAUCCGUAAGUAUCCCGAGGCCAGACGCGCGCAAAUUUCUUUCAUCAACUGCCUGCGGUCGCUCGUCAGCGUGGACCCCGAGAAUGCGCAUCGCAUAAUCGACACGGGAGUGCUUAAGAGUGUCCUUGCCUACAUGAGCCGUGUGGCGGUUUAUCAAGACGUGCAGCUGGAGGGCUGCAAGUUUCUAUUAGCCAUUGCGCAGACGGAUGAGCGGUCGCUGGCGCAGCUCAAAGGCGCAGACGCGCUACCCGUGGUGCAGACGGCACAGCGGACGCAUCGCAGCAAUAAGGACUUGGGACACUACACCACGCAAUUGAUCGGUAUGUUGGUGCCGGAGGGCGAGCUGGAGCGGAUCAUUCAGGAGAACUGUCGGGACCUGGGGAAGGCCAUGAACUCGGGCGACUACAAGACGGCGUACCGCUGUUUGGAGAACAUUAACGCAGCCACAGUCAGCGGUGAAGGUGCCCGAGUGGCCGCCAAAUGUGACCUGGGCCGGCACAUUGGGGAGACACAGGACAAACUACAGAAGUGUGGGGAACUGCAGCACCGCGUGGCGAUUACGGAGCAGUUGGCGGUUGCCGCAGCGAACUUGGCGCAGAAACCGGUGGGCGCCAAUAAUCUGAUUCGCAACGGAGGUGUUAAGAGGCUUGCACAAAUGUGGGAGACGAUGGGCGACGGUUCGAAGGAGGGCCGAUUGGCUGCGUUGCGUGCGGCGCGGCGUUGUUUGCAGAAGGACCGCAAUGAGUCUCAGUCGGCAUUCGCGAAGGGUUGGGCGGCGAAGGUGUGUGCGUUUGCAACACAACACGAUGAUGAUCCUGAGAUUCUAGUCGAGACGGCGAAUGUGAUGGGUUCGCUUGUGCCGCAGAAGGAGCUCCUUAAAUACGAGGAGUAUCGGCGCUGGCUUGCACACUUGUGUAAGAAGCUCAAUGAGGAUGGCCCGGCUGAGCUCAAGGCGCCGUUGGUCGAAGCACUGGAAAAUAUCUUACUGGUUGGCGACGACGAAGUUUUGGACAUCUUCUUGAAGAAUAAGGGGCUGCCUGGCGUCCUCAAGGUCAUGGAUGAGUCCCCCCACGACUGGCCGACCAUGAAACGUUGUAACCGCAUUUUGGACGCAGUGAACCGCCAGAAGCAGUUGCGCAGUCGGCUGCAGCAGAAGGAAGAUCUGUUGCCCGCGCUGGGGCGUGUGGUACGCAAGGUGUUGCAGGCGCCGAAGAUCGAGGUACCGGACGUGGUGGCGCACACACUGCGCAACUACAAUGCGGUGAUUCUGCCGACAGACACGGGCCUGUUUGCGGAAGUGGAUCUUGUUCCCGAAAUUGAACGCAUCAUGCUCGAGCACCCUGACCACGAGCUGCUCAUGAAGGCCUGCGGCGAGUACCUGGGCAAGGUGGGAUGCGACCGACAGAUCGACUCGCUCUUCCGCCAGAUCGUGGAUCAGUGCGAAAAGAAGCCGGCUGACUGGACGAAGAACGUCACCAAACUCAAUAACCAACUCGCCGUAUUCCUCGCCGGCGAACCACAGCGCCCCGAAGACGCCUUUAAACAUUGUGCGAAAUGUAUGGACAAACUUGCAGAUGCCGCGCGGAAGGAACCUCCGCUGCUGCCUUCGAUCGGACGUGUGGUGCGACGGAUCGCGAAACGCAGCCGAGAUGACCCCGCCACGCCACACGGUGUGCCGGCCCUCAUGCCGAAGAUGAUGCCCGCGUUCUCCGAGUUACUCGGCAAAGACGCCGGCAAACAGCCGCGAGCCUUCCUUAUCGACGGCUUCCACGCCCUGGCCGACAUGGCCAGACACGAACCCAGCCACAAGGCGGUCGUGGACAGUGGGCACCAGUUCACAACCAUAAAGCAGGCGCAGCGUAUGCUCAAAACACACAACACCGAUCCCGAGGUCUGCGCCGCAGUUUUAGAUUACCUCAGCGCCAUCUGCUCACAACCGUAUGGCGCCGCUGUACUAGCCCAGGACUCGGACCCUAGUUCCCGACGGAUUGGCGACCCCGCAUUCGUCGACGACGUCAUGGCCCUGAUGAAACGAUUCAACAAGAACAAGCCACUACUCGACAACGCCUUUGAACUGCUCGGCAACAUGGGCCGUAACCAGAAGAAGGCUCCCGCCUUCGUCGCCGACGCGGCCGCGAUGCAGGAUCUAAAUGACAUGGGCAAGGAACCGGCCAGUCUGCCGGCCCUCAUGAAGAUGCACCGCAAUCUCGUGGGUAAGGAGCCGCACGCGGCUACCGUGGACGCCUUGGCUCAACUAAAAACCGCUUACAACAACCUCGUCGCCGACCCUGACGUGCCAGACGAUCUGAAGGCGGAAGCAGCCGUCGCUUUGGCCGAAUUCAUCGCUGCCGCCACGACCGAGGCCGGCCUCACGCCUGAGGAGCGAAAGGCCGGCAGCGUGAAGGACAUGGUAGCGAUGUUCGAAAACCACCGCGGAGACAUCCCAACGCUGCUCAAGAUGACGCGUGCG